AUGGACAGUCACGUCGUUGGCGUCCUCGGCGGAGGACAGCUAGGGCGCAUGCUGGUGGAAGCAGCCUCACGACUGAACAUCAAGGUGGCCGUUCUUGACGCUGAAAAUGCCCCAGCCAAGCAAAUUAACGCCGUCGCAAAUGACCUCCACGUAAACGGUUCUUUCGCAAAGGCGGCAGACGUGGAGAAGCUGGCAGCUAACUCAGAUGUCAUCACUUACGAGAUCGAACAUGUCGACACCAAGAUCCUGGAGGAGCUCGAGGAGAAGCAGGCCACUAUUCCUGGUACGCAAUGGAAUCGGAUACAGCCCAGUUGGCGGACUGUCAAUUGCGGUCGCACGUCGGAACCGCAGGGUCUGAAGGAGAUUGCGGAUAAGCUAGGCUACCCUUUGAUGCUGAAAUCCAGGACAGAGGCAUAUGAUGGACGAGGCAACUAUCCAGUCAAGACGGUCUCGGACAUUGAACCUGCCCUGAAGGCUCUUGCAGAUCGACCUCUAUACGCAGAGCAGUGGUGCAACUUCACAAAGGAACUGGCUGUAAUGGUCGUAAAAACCUCACAAGACGCCUCCAAGGACUACGAGUCCUCAACGAUCGCAUAUCCGACUGUCGAGACAAUACACGAAGACAGCAUCUGCAAGCUCGUCUACGCCCCAGCCCGCGAAGUCCCCCGAAAAACGCUCAAAGCCGCACAAGACCUCGCCCGCCGUGCGGUCUCAACAUUCACCGGCACCGGUGUCUUCGGCGUCGAGCUCUUCCUCCUGCCCGACGACACCCUCCUCAUCAAUGAAAUCGCGCCCCGACCACACAACUCCGGCCACUACACAAUCGAAGCCUGCCACAUGUCACAAUACGAAGCCCAAGUCCGCGCUGUCCUCCCCGACCUCGCCCCCACCAUCGUCCCCGGCUCAACAGACCUAGCCGUCCCCGCCGCUAUAAUGCUCAACAUCCUGGGCGGCCCUCAACCCGACUCCCACCUCCUCGUCGCCAGACAAGCCGCCACAAUCCCCGGCGCCCGCGUGCACCUCUACGGCAAAGGCGCGGGCCGGCCUGGUCGCAAAAUGGGCCACAUCACCCUCACCGGCUCCUCGAUCUCCGACUGCGAAACCCGCAUCCACCCACUCAUCCAACUCGUCGACGCCCUCCGCGCCAACCGCACUAACGCCUCCGCCGACCACAGCCUCCUUAUCUCCUCCGCUGCAGACCUCCUCAAAGCAAAUCCCGUACCAAAACCAACCCCGAUAAUCGCCGUAGUGAUGGGCUCCGACACGGACCUCGCGACCCUCAAACCAGGCUCCAAUUCCUCGACGACAUGGCCAUCCCCUACCUCGUCACCAUCACCUCCGCACACCGCACGCCACAACACAUGCUCGACUUCGGCAAGUCCGCUGCGUCGCGAGGCAUAA